ACUGGAGGAUGGUCACUGUUGGACUUUUCUUCUACUGCAUCAAAGUGGGUGUCACACGAUCUCAGACCAAAGCCCUGUUCCCAGCUACAAGCAGAAUAAAAAGAGGGGUAGCAACUGCAGUGAACCCCACUUUUCACAACUCCUUCAAUGAUGCUCUUCUACUAUUUGAGAUCCUUCUGGGUGGCGUAGAUUUUGAGGCCAGUGGAAAGUUUUCGGUGAAAGAUGCUGAGCUGGCCUCCCUGCGCAAGACAAGAAACCUGGAGGCCAUCUGUGAGGUCAUUCCCAGGAAGAUAACAGACAUUUUUAAGCUCAUCUCUGACCUUUCAAAUCACACUGGUCAUCUGCAUCAGGAAGAUUUUGAGCGUACCUUGCUGACCUUGGUAUACAUCACCCAGAAGAUGGUCCGUUCCGCUACUGAACACCAAAGACAUGUCUGGGCACAGUCUUUUCUAGGUAUAUACAAAGCCAUCAAGCAGGAUCUGAUGGAUACAAACUGAAUUAACACAGGUGCUGCUACA